UGUGGGAGGUCGAGCCCGCGCCCUGCCGGCAGCGAGAGAGACAUCGGCGGUUGUAUAAUUACCGAGAGCGGCGGUCUCGGGGCCGCUGCCGCGGGGCGGGUGCGCACCCUCGGAGGCGGCCGGUGCGGGGCUGCUCCCGCCGAGAAGGAGCGGAGCUCGGGGCCAAAUCCGUCGGCGUUGCUGCGGCUCUUGGAACAAAGGGUCGCCCCGGUCGUGGCUGCGGCUGGGCUCGGGCAGCAUCCGGGAAAGGAUAAACUGAAAAGCUCAGGACAASUGAUCUUCAAGAGCCCUGAUGCUCUCAUCUGGGAUGGAAUCUCUCCUUGAUUCUUCUGUGUCUGCUGUGAUAGAGGAGUUGUACACURGACUGCCAGAGAGCAUCUCCACAGAGCUCAUGGCAGUGCCAGGGCCCAGCCUUGGMUUAGAAGCACAAUCCGAUGGGCCCRUGSCCGUGCGAGCACACAGGGACUGUUCAUGGACUUCUGGAGUAGGAAACUUUGGCCAGAAGACAGAAGAUUUGGGUGAUGUGCUCAAGGUGAUUUCCCAUGGGCCAGCAGAACCCWUUCCUGAAGAAAUACUACAGGCUGGAGACCUUGAAGAGAAUGAAAAGAACAGAAAAAGACACUUUAGGAACCCAGACUGUUCUAGUGAUGGCUACCAGAAAGAAGAUGAAGAGACACGAGGUGCUGAGGACCAUCAUGCUGAAUGUUGUGCUUUAGCUCUGGGGAAAAGUUGGUCAGAACGAGAGGACCGUUACUUACACUGGCAAGAGGCAAAGUUUUCAAGAAGCCGUUGCACUGAAAUUGCACGAUCUCUGAGGAGCACAGAAGCAAACCAAGCAAAUGUUCAAGUGACAGCUGAAACUCUGCCAAAGCUCACUGAAGAAGUGCAAGGUAUGAAGGCUGAUGGGACUAGGAUAUUUAGUAAAGCAGGAUACAGGAGUGACACAGUGAGUAAAGGUCUUCCACCUCAGAGCAAUCAAUGCCCAGACGUAGACACAGUCAUGGCCAGAGCUGGGGUUUCACAAACCAGCAUCUUAGAUUUUUUAGAGCCUUUAAAAGUCAUGAACAUUGGAGCAGCGACAGAUCAUCCACAAGAAAUAAGUGACUACAGUGGAUCAAAAGCCCAUACUGGCAUGCCAUUGAGAGCAGGGGGCAAUGGUGUAUCUGUUUUGGAGAUUAGAGAAGAAAAGUUACCCAGACAAAAUCCUGUUAAUGAAUUCAGUACGUCAUUUGCUAAUUGCCAGACUUAUCAGCAGGAUGAAGAAAACAAUGCUCAUGACUUCUUUAAGGGUCCUGUACCUAAACAAAAUGAACCUUAUGGGYUGUUCUCAGUAGAAAGCUGUAGAACACUCUCCACACCAAGUUCGGAAGUUUUACAUCCGGUUCUGAAAAGCACCUGUUAUCUGGACUUUGGAAAUMUGCCACUAGAAAGCAGUUCUGCAAUUCGUGGAGUUAUCAAUGAAACCUCCCAGAACUACCUUCCCCAAAACAUCAAACAUCACACUCUUUAUGAUCAUGGAACUGGGUUUGUAGAAAAACAAACCUUCACAUCUGUACCAGUGGAGCAGAUCUCAGUGGUAARGAAUGAAGGAUUACCUAGUGCUAAAACUGAUCCUAGGGAAUUAAGUGCUGCUGUAGGUAAAUCAUACAGCUCUGAAUCUGAAGAGGCUGCUGAAGUUUGGAGAGGAAUUGUUGGGGGAAAUGACACUGAAAUUUGUAGCUGGCCGGAAGCUCAAGAGCUUGCUAAUUCUAAGCAUUGCCAUUCUUCAGUUUUUGGUUUUGUUGCUUCAUCUCCUGAGGAGUUCUCAAAAGGAAAAUUUAAAAUAGUCCCAUCAGAAGGUGAUAAGAUAAAAAAGGACCAGUGGCAAUYCUUUGUCAGUGACCCGAGCAAGGAUGAUAUAAAAGAAAAUCGUUUGUGGGUGGAAACGAGUAACAUUGAAACUGGGCAGAGAGACAUUUGCUUUUAUAGUACUGCCAAAAAGACUCCUUUCAGUAACCACAGCUGUCUUGAUCUACGUACUACACUACAAAAAGACUCAUUCAAGGCACAGCUGCUUGAAAAGGAACCUGAGAGCAAUACAACAUCACAAGAGCUGGCUGGUGGUUUAGUUGGAGCUGCAGAAGCUGACAGUAGUGACAACUUAUCCACUGGGAGCGAAACAAAUUUGUUUUAUACACUAAAUGUAACUCUACCUCCUGUUUUACAAAAAUCAAGAGAACCUCAUUAUAAUGAGCAUCUUCCUUGUACUGCUAAUGAAGUUUCAUAUAGGGGCAAGGCUUGGGAUAAUCURUCUGGAAAAAAAUCAGUUGGUGCUUCUGGAACUACAGCGGAACAAGUUGGUGAAGUUUUGCUUCAUAGAGACAAAUUCAAGUGUUCAGCAAGUUCCAGGACUUUUGAUAACCCUAAUAUGGCAAGCAGAGUAUCCCAAAUGAAGAUAAAAUCUUCUGCAGGAAAUAUGGAGAGAGUGGUGACUGGUUUAGAAAAGAAACUUUGUGACACAUGGAAUUGUAAUAAUCAGAGUAUAAAAAACCAGCAUACAGCUGCCAGUACUCCCUGUAUUUUAUCAGGGAGUACACAUGUGGAUGAAGUUUUCCUGUACAAUCAUUCUUUGGAUGUUGAAGCUGGUAAGAUUGAAGAAAAUGAUGAUUUGGAAGGAGCAUCUUUGUCAGGAUAUAAUAGUAAAGAGGCAACCAUCUUUCCAGAAGCACACGUUGCUUUGGCAUGUGGCUCUCUACCUUGUAAAGAUGACUGGGGCAAUAGAGGUAUAGCUGUGCGUGGGAUAAAUGACAUUCCCAGAAGAAAAGCCAUGAUUUGCUCAGCAUACACUGCAGAGGAAUCUACUGCUACCUUGGCAAGAGAUGAGAUUUCAAAUAAAAAUACAGAGAAUAUACAACAAUUUGAUCUUAGGAAAGUAAUGGGCAGUGAAAUAGUUUGUAACAUAGAGGCGGCAAAAGAAAAAAUAAGCACACGGGCUUCUGAGACAGAAGAAUUUGAUAAAACAAGAACUGUGGAUUCCCAGAACGCUCCUGAAGGCAAUCAAAGAAAUAGGACUAAUAAACAGCUAUUAGUCAGAUACUUGAAUAAAAACACCUGUCCUCAUAACUUUGGAUUUUACAACUCUCUGUUAGGCCCAUGGAGGAGAGAACUCGACACACGUGAGCARGAAGAAGUGCCCUCACUCACAGUUGAUCUCCCAGAGUGUAGCACUUCGACCUGUGAUCCAUGGCCAGCACCUGACAAUGGGAACCUUCCAACACAUGCUGGCCAAACAGAAGAGACCCUUUGUCCCAUGGAAAAUUGGUGUCGUGCAUGUCAGAGUGAGUUUGAUGGCCCAGUGCUGGGUAGUGAGCAGCAUUUACAAAGUUUAACCAACCAACCAAACACUGGCUUACAAACCAUGGAUGGUUCUGUGGAAAAAAAUGAAACUGACUCUGAUGACAGUGAAGARAUUCUGCUAAAAACAUGUGGUGACCUGCCUCUGUUAGACCAUAAAUAUGCAAGAGAAGCCAGGUUUGAAGAAGCUUCGCAAGAAAAUGUAGUGGGUUUGGACUCUUUAACUGGUGUGAAAAAUGAAGGCUCUUCRGGAUACAUGGGCUCCAUCAGUGAUGUAAUUGAGGAGAAGACAAUCAGACUACAACAACAUGAGAGCAGUUGUCAAAGAAACAACAAAAGAACUACUGAAGAAAGCCAUUCUGAUAACGAGCUACAUUGUUCACAACAUGCUUGUUUUAUCCAAUGUGCAAAAGAGAAAGCAGAGCUGCUGUAUGAAGGAAACAAAAUGCAGCAAUCUUUGCCAAAGAUGAAGUGGUUGGUCGAGAACCAGGAAAGUACAAUUAGUGCCCAAUUUUUGCCCAUUCAUCCCAUUUCAUCAAUUCAUAGGAAUCUUUCUUACAAGCCAGAAAAUACAAAYGUACUUUCAGAUACAGAAAACAGCGAAAGUCUGCGUAUAAAUUCUAUCUCAARUAAUUCUUGCCCACAAUUAACUUUUGAGCCUGGUAAAGAAACUGAUGCUCAGAGGGGCACUGGUCCAUCUUGUUUUGGAAAGUUUGACAUCCAAGAAUCUUCUGYGGAGACUCAGGUGGAUUCAGAAAUUGUGUCAGCUCUGGACUCACACAUCUCUCUGCCAGAGAAAGAAAAACUCUGUAUGUUACCUGAGAAUACACAAAGAGAUAACUGUGAUUCAUCUUCAGCUGAAGUUUCUAGCAAAGAUACUUCAAUGACAAAAAUUCUUUCUGUGACCAUUUCUGUUAAGAAAAAAUCCAGCAAUAUUGAAGUUCCAUCUUCAGGGAAUGAAUCAGCAGCUGGCUCACUGAAUGGUGCCAAAAGCUCAAGAGUUUGUGCUCUCAACAAAGAAGGUCUGAAAGGUGAGGGGCUUUGUAUGCCAACUGUGAAAGACGUGAAUGUGAGCUCACCAAAAAGUCUUGCCAGUGGAGAGAAGUUUAAGAACACAGAUAGGCCAGAAAAUAUAAAUGUGCUUUCAGAUACAGAAAACAGCAGAAGUCUGAGUAUAAAUCCUAUCUCAAAUAAUUCUUGCCCACAGUUAACUUUUGAGCCUGAUAAAGAAUCUGAUGCUGAAAGGGGUAUUCAUGUAUCCCGUUCUAAAAAGUUUGACAUCCAAGAAMCUUUUAAUAAGACUCAGGUGGAUUCAGAAACAAUGUCAGCUCUGAACUCAGGCAUCUGUCUGCCUGAGAAAGAAAAGCUGUGUAUGUCACCUGAGAAUACACRAAGAACUAUUUCAUCUUCAGACAAAAAAUUUAGCAAAGAUACUUCCAUGACAAAAAUUCUUUCAGUAACAAUUUCUGUUAAGAAAAAAUCCAGCAAUAUUGARGUUCCAUCUUCAGGGAAUGAAUCAGCAGCUGGCUCUCUGAAUGGUGCCAGAAGCUCAAGAGUUUGUGCCCUCAGCAAAAAAAGUCUGAAAGAUGAGGGGAUUUGCACACCAGCUGUGAAAGACAUGGAUGUGAGCUUACCAAAGAGUCCUCCCUAUGAAGAGAAGUUUAAGAAUACCUGUGUGGAAGACAUGAUAGGUAAAGGGGUAACCUYUAGAAGAAGGUUGCCCAAAGAUCGUUCCUGGGCCUUGUUGGAAGAUUCUAAAGCGUCUGGUAGCAAAACCGUCCCCCUCAGGACUGAGAAUCAUGGAAAGGUUUUGGAAGAAAUCCCAAGAUCCAAACUAAAUCAUUUUUCAAAAGAAAGAAAAAAUGAUGGAAACCUCCCAAACUUAGCAGGUACCAGUGUGCUUCCAGAAACUGUGUAUGAUUGUCAGGCUGAAGCCGUGUCUGACACAGAGGCUGCCCCAGAACUGCAGGAUGAUACAAUGCCCACGUUUUCUCCACUCCUGAGCACACUAUCAGACAGCUGCCAAGAGCCAUUCCCAACGUGUGUGGUUUGCAGUGAAGUGUGUAUGCAUCACAAAGUAAAUGCACAGAGCAAAGAUAAUGGAAAGGAGGUAACAGAAGGCCAGGACAAGGUUCCAACUCAUGCAGUUGGCAAUGAAAAUGAGGCUUUAGAUUCAGAGAGACUUGAUCGAAUAGAGGAACGUCAGGUACUUGAACAAAAGUAUGGAAAGGUGGAAGAACAUCAGUUGGACGAGUCACAAGAAGAACAGAAGGUAGAACAUCAGGAGAAAGCAAAAAUCAUACUGCAACCAAGCAUGUUGCAUAGUUCUGAACUCUUACACAGUCCUUCAGCUGAGUUGAUGACAUCUGGAAAUAUGAUGUUUGGACACCCUUCAGAGGAAAUAUUUGCUGUCAGAGGCAGUAAAGAUAAACUAUGUAGCACUUUACAAGAAGUUAAAAGGCCAAAGAUUACCACAGAUUUUAUUAGUUCACAGUUUUCGAAGACUCAGGAUUCAGAARUGGAAAACCUGGACCUUAAUUUGGGGUAUGAUGGGAUCCCUGGUGCCUUUGGAACUACAAAUAAACUAAGAGGAACUAGAAGUAAACUAAGAGGACCUCUUCCAUUAAAAAUACAACCUGGAAGGACAUGCAAAAAAAUUCCCACAUUUUAUGAACUAAAAACCAUAAGAAAAACAAAAAAAAUUAAAAGUUCACUUUUCUCUGAGAUUCCCCUGGAAAUAUUUCCCAAACAGGAAAAUACAUUUCUGGAAUCUUUGUACUUCCCAUGUAAACCACCGCCAGUGGAAAAGGAAACAGCCAUGAGAUUUGUGCAUAUGCCAAGGCAGAGGGCCAAGGGGUGCAGUUUGUUGAACAGCUUGAAAUUUAGAAAAUGUACCAAAGAAUCAGCAUUGUUGAGCAAGUUGUCUGCAAUGGCCAGCAAGCUCCUGGCCCCUGCCAAAAGCAGUCGUAACUUAGAAUCUCUGCCAUAUUCUUCUGAAAUGCUUCCAAUGGGUGACAGGUACAGCCAAUGUAGAUCUAAAAAUCUCUUGGAAGCUUUUUCUUGCAUUAACAGGAACAUACACUCACGCUGGGCUGACAGUUGGUGCACCAAAAUGUUCAGCUUUCAGCCUUUAGCACUUUAUCCUGUAGAAACUACCAAAAUAUUUUCUUCAGACUUAAGCCACAAGCCUCCAACCUCUUUUUUGGACACCCCAGUUUUCCCAAUUUCUUUUAACAUAAAAUUGGACUCCAGUCACGUGACAGACCUCAGAGGGAUUACAUCCCAGCACUCUGUACAUCACAGACCAGUUUUGAGAGAAACGCCAGCACCAGCUUCAGAGUGGACUUUGUCUUUUCUCCUGUCUCAGAGCUGUUCAGAUACAACAGCUUUCAAGGAAGAUUCCAGUGUAAAUAAUGAGCUUCAUUCCUCUCACUCCACAACAACCCCAAGGACUGUUGCUCUUCAUCCUGACCCUGGAAGAAAUGCUGUAGYUGGAAGAAGAGGCUGUUCCACGCUUGGCCUUCACACAGUGUUAGCACUUUCUUCCCCUGGAUGUUACAGGAUUUGGACAAGAAGAAGAAACUUAACCAGCCAUAUUCCUACCAUCCAGAGACUAUUUCUAUCGCAGCUGGCACAGGGUUUGAAAGGGGACAGGUAUCCAAGGUGUGUAUCCAAUGAGCUCGUCUCCUCAUUGCCAUACUCACUGGGCAGGGUACUCUCCAUAUGGAGUCAGCGUGGUCCUUCUGCCCGUCCUUCUGAAAUCACUCCUCUCCAUUCCAAUCACUGCAAGUGGCAGCCAAGUGUGGGCAUCGAGAACAGCURUGCCAUGUUACCACACUUACCUGUACAGAGUAUGGGAGCACUACCGACUGCAGGCCAUGAGAUACGUCUGGAAGCUUCAUUCGCCCUUCCAUUACCAAAGGCUCACACACUUCCAGAGUCAUUGCCAUCUCCCCCCAGGCUUUCAGCAUCUGAGCUCCAGAUCCAUGCCCUUGAUGAACCAGAUGCUUCCAUUCCAGCCUGUCUGAGACCUCAAGAUGACAUAGAACUGAAAAAAACUGAGCCAGAAAAGAGGCCAAAGAAAGUCUCACAGAUCCGAAUCAGGAAAACUGUUCCUAAGCCAGACCCUAAUCUUACUCCAAUGGGACUACCCAAACCGAAAAGGCUUAAGAAGAAAGAAUUUAGUUUAGAAGAAAUUUACACAAACAAGAACUAUAAGUCCCCUCCUCCAGCCAGGAGCUUGGAAACAAUCUUUGAGGAGCCCAAGGAGAAAAAUGGACACUUGAUCUCUGUCAGCCAGCAAAAGAGAAAGCGGAUUCUGGAGUUUCAGGACUUUACUCUUCCCCGGAAAAGGAAGGCACGAGGCAAAAUCAAAGCAGUGGGUAGUUUCACCCGAGCAAAAAGAGCUGCACUGCAGAGUGCAGAGUUAGAUGUUCUUCUGAGUCAGAAGCUAAUGGACCUUGAAGCCUUUUUUGCGGAGGAGGUUGAGCAGGAGCAGGCCUCCAGCAUCUGAGGCAGCCACUUAGCUGGAAAUGGUGCAGUCAGCUUCUUUAGUAUUUUUCUCUUGGGAGAAAUGUACUGACUUCUUCAUACAUUACUCUACCACUCUGUUCUAAUAUCUGAUAAUCAGUUUUUACCUGUGACCCUUGUUAAGGUGCUAUUUUAUUUUUAUUUUUUUAAAUGCUAUUGGAUUCUAUUAAGUCCCUGUUUGAGUGUAACACAGCCACAUGAAAUUUACCCUUCCUUCCUCAACCUCUGGAAAUUACUACUUAUAUUUAAUUAAUUAUGUUUAAAUACCUUUUGGGGGUAGAGUAGGAGUGUAAAGGAGGAAAUAGUGCACCUUCAGUGAACAGUUAGAACUCUACUUCAGAUCAUUUGCACAUUUGARUCUGCUGUUGUUACUGUAAUGGCUAUUUUUAACCAGCUGACAAAAGAGAUACAGUGUUUGAUAAAGUCUAGCAAACACAUUCUUGAUAUACCACUAACCUUUUAAUAGCUAAAAGUAGCUGUCUAAGUUUGUGUUUAAUAGUUUCUUCCUUCUGUUAACUUAGAAGGUUCCUUCUAAGUUUCUUUGACCUUCCUGGCUCCAGGCAGCAGAAGCCCCACAAAACUAGACUUUAAAUAACUUGCACUUCAUAUGUUUCUUUUAACAUUAUUCAAUUCAAAAAAAGGCAAUGUUUUUAAGGMAGUAAGGUGCCCAGUACUAUUUCUUCCCAAAUAGCAGAUUUUUUUACUUACUUGGCUAAUGCCAAGCUCUUUUCCAGAGGAAUAGAUAAUUGGUCUGUGAGGAUGUUUAGAUGCAGGAUACAUAAGCUGAGGUUUAAUUGAGCUGAGCUGCUGCAAGCAGGGAACACCAGCAAAAUCUUUGAGACUUGUUUUAAAGUUAUUUUAAUUGCAUUCAUACUAACUUGAUUUUAAUAUCAACAAGAAGGGGGUUUUUACCAUUUUAGAUUUACAAUUCCUGUAGCUUAUAAUAAGAUAUCCUCUGUAUAGCACUAUUGUACAUAAUAGCCAGUGUUGUACAAAGAGCCUCUGAGUAUGUGGACAUGGUUUUCAUUAUGUGAGGCCAUAUGUGAUUAUCUGAUGCAGCACUGGGCAAUUUCUCAGCUCUACUUUUGGAAAGAAGAGAGCUCCCUUCUGGCAUAACUUCUGUUAAACUUACUUGAAGCAUAAUUCCAAUGCUAGCUGCAGUUCAGGUAAUUUCUGUCCCUUAGUGCCUAGAGAARUUAUUCAGGCAAAGCUGUCGUUGCUGGGAUGCUCAAAUUUAAUAAGUCUGUUCUUUCUUUCACUUGUCACUUGAACUUGCACUUUCUUAUUUACCUGCCCAUAUAAUAGAGUUUCUAUUUACCUUCAAAUUGAGCAAAUAUCUAGUGGGUGGGUAUUUUUUAUAAAGUCCCAAUAAAUGCACGACUGAAAAUGCCACCAUAAUCUUCUGUUACUCUACCAUUUCUGUUACUGACCAAACAGAAAACWAAAAGUUAACAAGCAAUCUGUUGAAUUUCAGAGCUUUGAAAGUAGAGAAAUGGAAGAGAAUUAUURCAAUGUGUGUGCCUGAGUUUUGAAAGAAUUCUAACCUGGGUUUGUUUUGCUCCUAGCUUAUGUGCUGGGAUAUGUAAAAGUUUACAUUCUUGUUUUGAAGUCAAAUUAAUCAGGAAGACUGAAGAAAAGAGUGCACACUUAGAAUAGUAGUUUUUGGAGUUUGAGGGUAAAAUAAUAUGGCAAACUUUGAACAUAUUGACAUAGUAUUUUUCUGGUUAACCUGUUGGGCUGAUGUAGAACAUUCUAACUGAUCCUCUCUAUUUUUGUAAAAAGAAUUCCCUAAAAAAAGGUGAACUGCCUCCUAAAAAAAUGUUUGAAAGUUUCCCUAUACUGGUUUAUUAGCCCAAUUAUUGACUAGUUGGAAGCAGUAGCAAGAGUGAGAGAUAUAUUUUUAUGGAUUUAUGCUAUAGAAUGGGAUUGUUAAAGAGUAUUCAUUCAUCUUCUAUUAAUAUGGGAGGCUUCCAGUGUUGUGACACAAUUAAGCUGUAACCUUACUGGGGCUUUCAAGGAAAUAAAGAUAUGGGUGGGGAGGGAAGAAACUUGGGUUCAGGAAAAGUUCAGACCUCUAAUGUGCUUCAAAACAUGGAAUGUGUUUUUUCCUUUGGGUUAUGAUGGGUUUUGGUUGUUUUGUUUUGGGUGGGGUUUUUUAAUCUUCUUCCCUGCUCUCUCUUGUUUCUGAUUGCAUUAAAAUAACAUUUCUUAAGUUGUUUUCUACAAGCAGAGAGAGCAAAGAAAACACUCAAUUCUCUUUGGUUUACAGUAACUGGAGGAGUUGUGAAAUAAUGUUGCAGUCGUCUAGCUUGUCCCAGACCUUAGUUUGUGGAAACCCAAAUACACAGCAUUAUUCUYUUUUGGUUUAGUGUUUGUAUGAUAAUGUAAGCUAGUGGUGACCAAGCGUCUCUUCCCCCCUCCAGCAUACAGGUGUCAGUCCUGCUUGUGCACUUUUUUGUUUUUUCCCUUCCCACCUUUGUUCCUGUUUACAGCACUCAUGGAACAGCCAUGUUCCUUGUGGCUGCUGCUUGUACACUGGGAGUGACGACUGUGCAAAAGCUGGGCAUUUGCCAUUCUGAGCUGCUUCUGUCACAGAUAAUUGAAAGAAAAAAGUGUAGAGGAUUCAUCUUUUGGGGUCUUGCAGUCUUGCAUAUAUCCCUAGCAGAAGGAUAUGUACAUUUGCCUUCUUAUUAAGUGAACCCACUGCAGUGAGGUUUUUUUUGUAUCACCGUGGAAAGACAUUGUACAUGACAGACUGAUGACUAGAACAGCUUGAGAAGGAUUGCAAAGCUUUUGCCAUGUCCUGUCUCUUAGUAGUAAGUUAUGCAGAGCCAGGCAGCUCUUUUCUAAAUUUGCUGAUUGUUUGAGAUCACUUUGAAAAAAAAAAAAAAAAGAAAAAAAUUGUUAUUUUCAUCAUGCUAUGAGUAGAGCAGCUAAGGCUCCCUAAUGGUACAGCAUUUGCCUGGCUGGCUUGGAGCUGCAUACAUUUGAGUUCUCAUGUUUGCUGGAUAUAAUUUCCUGCAAACGGUUCUCAUUAAUUGUAUUUUAUUUCAGGUGGGCCUUUGGUAUAUUAUGUUCCAGGUGCUUUUCUAGAAUAUGGAUGGUAACUGUGGAUUAAAAGUCUGUAUGAUGCUAUCAAGUUAACAAAUAGCUCAAUGAGAAUUUGUACACUUGUGCCAUUAGCCUCCAUCAUGCUCUUGGCAUUUUGUUUCUGUUCAGUAUUGUGUGAAUCUAAAAUUUUACUGUUUCUUUUGUGUGUUUUUAAUUUAUGGAAAUAAAACUUUCUGAGAAUCUUUCUGUUUUUUAAG